AUGGGGAGGGCGACGCUGUCCGCGCUCCACCUGGCAGUUACAGUUACAGCUCUCCUGUAUUUCAGCGCUGAACUGUGCUGCCUGGAGAUCAGGCCCGCAGACACGGAGCUGGUCCUGGCAGAGGGCGCCUCUCUCACCUUCACCUGCUCCGGCUCGGAGGAGACGACCUGGGACUUCAAGAGGGACGACGUGCCGUACUUCCAAGUGGAACCGCUUCAGAACGGGCGCCCGAGCUACGAAAUAGUGCAGAACUCCUCCUCGUCUAGCGCCCUGACCCUACUGAGCGUGAGCUGGAGGCACACAGGCGUUUAUCAGUGCAUCGACAGACUCACGGGAGAAACUAAGGAGGUGGCUGUGUUUGUCCCAGACCCCAGUGUGUUUUUCAUCGAGAGCUCCCAUGGCAUGGUGACAAAGACCAGCGAGGAGAGCACCAUCCCGUGCGUCGUCACCGACCCGGCCAUCAACGUCACGCUGUACGAGAAGGACACGGAAGUGGCCAUCAGGGGCCGGUACGUGCCGAGCGAGGGCUACAAGGCCACGCUGGAAGACAGGACCUACGUGUGUCGCGGGGAGCUCAACGGGGUGGAGAAAGAGUCUCAGGCCUUCUACGUCUUCAGCAUCGUGGUCCCGGACGCCAUCGACGCCUACAUCAACGCGUCCAAGACGGUGCUGAAGCAGGGCGAGCCGCUUACGGUCAACUGCACGGUGCACGGAGUGGAGCUGGUGUUUUUUUCUUGGGAUAUCCCCAACGGAGAGGAGGUGGAGGUGGAGCCGCUCACAGACGUUCUGUCUGCCAUGAACAUGCGGUCGUGCCUGAUCUUCCCUCUGGCCACGGUGGCCCACAGCGGAAAGUACGUCUGCCGCGUCCACGAGGGUGUCCAGGACCAGACAGCAUCGGCAAGCGUGAACAUCACGGUGCUGGAAAAUGGUUUUGUGGACCUGAAGCCUUCCACGCCUCAGAACACUUCAGCCAUGCUGCAGGAGAACGUGGAGCUGAGAGUGGAGAUCGAGGCCUACCCUCCCCCCCAGGUCCGCUGGACUAAAGACGGCAGCCCCAUCAAAACAGACCGAGCCAUCAUAAUCAGAAAAGAGCAUGAAAUAAGGUAUGUCACUAUUCUGACCCUAGUGAGGGUGAGGACGGAGCAGAAAGGUCGCUACACUGCUCUGGUUACCAACGGCGAUGACACGAAGCAAGUGACCUUUGACCUGGAAGUCCGAGUUCCCUCUCAGAUCAGAGACCUGACUGACCACCACCUCCCGGGGAAGAGGCACUUGGUGACCUGCGUAGCCGAAGGGGUCCCGGCCCCAGAAAUACAGUGGUACAGCUGCGACAGCAUGCACAAGUGCAGCAACCAGACCGCGGCGUGGCAGGCCUUGACCUCCGAGUCGGAGGGCCUGAGCAUCGACACCGACGUCAGCUACAACGAGACGCGCAAAACCAACUGGGUGCGGAGCCAGGUGACCUUCGACAAGCCGCAGCAGGUCACCGUCCGCUGCGAGAGCGACAACAAAGCCGGAGUCGCUGACAGGAGGGACGUCAAGCUGGUGUCCAGCACGCUGUACUCCCAGGUGGCAGUGUUGGCCGCUGUCCUGGCCUUAGUGGUCAUCGUCAUCAUGUCCAUCAUCAUCCUCAUCGCUGUGUGGAGGAAGAAACCUCGCUACGAGAUCAGAUGGAAGGUGAUCGAGUCGGUGAGCCAGGACGGACACGAGUACAUUUACGUGGACCCCAUCCACCUGCCGUACGACUUGGCGUGGGAAAUGCCCCGAGACAACCUGGUGCUGGGUCGCACUCUUGGAUCGGGAGCGUUUGGCAGGGUGGUCGAGGCAACUGCGUACGGUCUCACACACUCGCAGUCCAGCACAAAAGUGGCGGUGAAGAUGCUGAAAUCUACGGCCAGGAGGAGUGAGACUCAGGCCUUGAUGUCAGAGCUGAAGAUUAUGAGCCACCUGGGGCCUCACAUCAAUAUCGUCAACUUACUGGGAGCUUGCACCAAGCAUGGGCCUCUCUACCUGGUGACGGAGUACUGUCGCUAUGGCGACCUGGUCGACUACCUGCACAGGAACAAGCACACCUUCCUGCAGUACUACGCUGAGAAGAACCUGGACGACGGCUGCCUCAUUUCCCGAGGAAGCACUCCUCUCAGCCAGAGGAAGGGAUAUGUGUCGUUUGGAAGUGAGAGCGACGGCGGCUACAUGGACAUGAGUAAAGACGAGCCCUCGGUCUACGUUCCCAUGCAGGAGCAGAUAGACGCCAUCAAAUACGCAGACAUCCAGCCGUCCCCGUACGAGUCUCCCUACCAGCAGGACCUCUAUCAGGAACAAGGGGGCCACCGGCCGGACCUGGUGAUCAGCGACUCCCCCAGCCUCACCUACGACGACCUCCUGGGCUUCAGCUACCAGGUGGCAAAAGGGAUGGAGUUCCUCGCCUCCAAAAACUGCGUCCACCGCGACCUGGCUGCCAGAAACGUGCUGAUCUGCGAGGGCAAGCUGGUGAAGAUCUGCGACUUCGGUCUGGCCAGAGACAUCAUGCAUGACUCCAACUACAUCUCUAAAGGCAGCACCUUCCUGCCCUUGAAGUGGAUGGCACCAGAAAGCAUUUUCCAUAAUUUGUACACCACUCUGAGCGAUGUGUGGUCAUAUGGCAUCCUGCUUUGGGAGAUUUUCACACUGGGAGGAACUCCGUACCCUGAUUUGCCCAUGAAUGAACUCUUCUACAGCGCGCUGAAGAGAGGCUACCGGAUGAGCAAACCCGCCCACGCCUCGGACGAAGUCUAUGAGAUCAUGAAGAAAUGCUGGGAUGAGAAGUUUGAGAAGCGGCCCGAGUUCUCCCUGCUGGUCCACAGUGUGGGGAACAUGCUGACGGACAGCUAUAAAAAGAAAUACAGCCAAGUCAGCGACAACUUCCAGAAGAGCGACCACCCGGCGGUCGCUCGCACCAAGCCCCGGCUCUCCUCGCCCUUCCUGGUGGCCAACCCCUCGUUUGGCUCCCCUCCUCACGCCCCCCGCUCCUCCCCUCCGGACCCCUACAGCCAGAGCUCCAGGCCGCGGGACUUGAGGGGGGAGGCCGACACGCCGGACGCCAUCGCCUCGUACAACGAGUACAUCAUCCCCAUUCCUGACCCCAAGCCCGAGGAGGUCUUCACCGACGAGCCGUCAGAAAGUCCAUCAAGCUCUCUGGCCCUGGAGGAGGAGACGGACUCCAUGUCUCAGGACACGGCCGACACCCUCCCGGAGGAGGACCGACUGGAGGAGAGCAGCGAGAGAGACGCCCUGCUGGGCUCCUCCGGGACGCCCGAGGUGGAGGACAGCUUCCUGUAGCCUCGCGGGGAGAACGGAGGAGAGAGAAGACAGCCCCGGUCUGGGGAUGACGUGACUCGCCUGAAAUGUAGCGGAAUGAGACUGGCAAUCUGUGUGUUUCCUCUCAAGAAGGGAUGUUUUUACACGUGUAGCAGUUGUGAAGCAUAUCAUUAAGUCUGAUAGUCAGUUUUUGGAAGCUUGUCAUAAUUUAGAUUGGUACUCACACUCCUACACACAAGUAGUGACGGAAUCACUGUCAUUUUGUAAUUCUAGUGACAAAUUUAAGAGAUGUGUUCAUUAUAGGAUACAUUUAGCUUCUUUUUUGAUUUAAUUAUAGAUUCACAAUUUAUACCGUCCACAAGGAUUAGUGAAAAUAUAUUGAUAGAUCAUUGAAGCGGGUGUGUUUUAUCUGAAAAGGUAGCUUGUAUCUUUUUAUGUACAUUAUAACAUGAUUAGGAAAAGCAACAAGAAAAAAAAAACAAUCAAGAACAAGUUCUGCAUUUUGUGAUAAUCACUGACAUUGUUUAAGAAAUGUUCAGAUAUAGCUUGUUAAAGGUUGGAAAUUGAAUCUAUUUUGCUUUUUUUGUUUCUUACCUUGAGCAUAAUUGUGUUCUCCCCCAGGUCCUGAAAUGCAGACAGUUUCCUCAUGCACUGUUUUAACGUGAGAUGUAUUCUCAUUUUAUUCUCAUGGGCCAUAAUGUCAAUGUUUUUUUUUUUUUGUGUGUGUUUCUAAUGAGUUUCUUGAACUUUUAAAUCCUUUUGUGUAGGCUCUGUUCAUAGAUCUGUGCCAGAUUUGCACUUUAUCUAGAAAGAAAUAUGUACUUCUUCAUAUUAAAGAUCUCCAGUUGGGCCAUGUGACGGAUGUGAGGCUGUCUCAGCGCUCAGCACAUCCCUUUUUCUGUGAAGACCGGUGACUCUCACAAGUGAAGAUAGAAACUACAGCGUAUCACUGCCUUGACACAAGAUGGCACACAUGAGUGCCUCUGGACAGACUCGUGCAGCUAUUGUUGCCUGCAGACAUGAAGGGCUAAUUGUCCUCAACACCUCCCCUUCGCCGCCGCCUGUAAAAACAAUGUUUUCAGUCUGUCGUUUUGCUUUGAAUCACAUUAAUCCAGACGUUCUGCAAUAACACGUAGUUUCACCUUUUAAAAGAACACCUUGUUAUUCCCUGCAGCAGUUUGUUGCUCAGUGUAAAAAUGCACAAAAAUCACUGUAUCACAAGCUAUGGUACCAAAGCUCUUCUUAACGUUUACAAAUGUAUUUUUAUAUGUGUCAUUUUAUAUGUUGUAAAUGUGACAAUAAAUGUGUAUUAUCAUAG